AUGACAGCCUUGUACUUGUACGUUUUUUGCACUUCAAGCUUGCUUGAAAAGAGAUUUGACAUCUUUCCUCUACAGAACCGGGCCAUGCAAUCGUUUAUUUACUAUCUCGCACAACAAAAGCAAAGGAAAGACCCUCCGCUCCCCCAUCCAACUGAGGAUGAAAUGUCUCUUUUGAAACCUUUAAAAUUGAUUGACGAGCUUCUCCAGAACGACACGUAUACUUUAAAUGAGUAUACCAGUCUAGGCCCCAAAGCUCCACGUUUGUUAUCAACCGAAGAAGUUCAAAGAAUGGGAUGGAAUCCAGAUCCAAAAUCACCGUCCAUCAAGUUUGCAGAGACGAUUGACACAAGCCCAUCGGACCCAGACCUGCCGACCUCUUUUGACUUGCUUUUAGUGUCAGCAUAUGUGGUGAACAUCUUUAUCACUGCUUGCCAGAAGAAUUGCUUCAUCAACGUAUAUGCUCAACAACUUGACCCUCCAACGGUCCCAGAAGCGCAAAAACUGCUGAUACAUGCUUUGGAGCAUUGGAUUGCUACCCGAAAUCGUGAGGAGUCGCAUCUGGGUGCUGUGACUCGUAACCAAAAGAUUGACCUUCAAUUUCAAAAGAGAAAAAGAUUGGCAAAGCGACGAAAAGAGACUUGUGAUUCUUUUGCCGAAUUGGAGCAAUUUGCUUUCUUGUUUGAGGAUGGACGGCUUUGCUCCGAUGAUGAAAGUGAUGUCAAAAAUCUGAAGAUCAAAACCCGGAUUCCUCUGCCUUUUCGUAGCGCAAAAGCCACCAAGCUGAUUGAGCACAUUGAUUGUCGUACAAUGGAUCUGUACAAGGAUCCCACAACAAGGAAGCCAGGCCCGCUUCCAGCAACUAGAGCACCACCAUCCGAUAAAACUAAGCCUCUUGCCUUCCAUACGCACGUCUCACUUGGGCUUCCUCGAGAUUGCUACAAGGAGAAUGUUCUUCAUCAUCUGAACCAAGACCAAUUGGAAGGAUUGAAAGCAAUGCCGGAUUGCCUCAUCAACAUGGACAAUAUCCAAGGCUGGCAUAGCAGCUCACUUGAUUCUAAUUAG